CUGAAGAGGAUAUUCAGUGCCAUGUGAAUUUGGUGUCCACUGUGUUGCCUGUGUCAGAUGGCAAGUUACAGCAAAUAAUUGAAGCAACAGCUAAGGAUACAGAGUUACAGUUGGUCAUGCAGAAUAUGGAUGAAGGAUGGCCAAUAGGCUCAUGUUCCCAGUUCUUCAAAGUUAAAGCUGACCUAAGCGUGGUGAAUGGACUGUUACUGAAAAACAACAGAAUUGUGAUUCCACAAGAGUUAAGACAAGACAUUCUACAGCGGAUUCAUGAGGGUCACCUAGGCAUUGAAAAAUGUAAAAGAAGAGCUAGGGAAUCAGUUUUCUGGCCUGGAUUGAACAAGGAUAUUGAGUUGUUAAUAAGUAAAUGUGACACAUGUCAGACAUUUAGAAACAAACAGUGCAAGGAACCUAUGAUAACAACUAACAUUCCAACAUCACCAUGGCUGAAAGUGGGAAUGGAUUUGUUUCAUUUUAAAGGUAAAGAUUAUUUAGUGAUCAUUGAUUACUAUUCAAAUUAUCCGGAGAUGGCUCUGUUGGCUAACAUGUCAUCAAAUUGUGUCAUAACUCAUUCUAAAUCAAUCUUUGCAAGGCAUGGGAUUCCACAUAUUGUGGUGAGUGACAAUGGACCAUGUUUUAGUAGUAGAGAAUGGCAAAAGUUUGUGGAACAGUAUGAUUUUAAGCAUGUAACAUCAAGUCCUCAUUAUGCUCAAUCGAAUGGAAAAGCGGAUAGUAACUCUGACCCGUAUUUAGCUUUAUUAAGCUACAGAUCAUCACCAUUGCAAUGUGGAUUUUCACCUGCUGAACUUUUGAUGAAUCGGAAGAUUCGUACAACUCUACCAAGUUAUGAAAGUAAAGAACACGGUGCAAAGAAAUCGUCAAAGUUGGAGUACAAGUUACGAAAGCAGAAAGCAAAACAAAAGUCAUAUUAUGACAGAUCAGCUAAGAUUCUACCCCCACUGUCAUACAAGGACCCAGUAAGGAUUCAGGAUGAUAAGGGAUGGAAUACUAAAGCAACUAUUCUGCAGGAAGUAGCUCCACGUUCAUUUGAAGUGAAAACUGAAGAUGGACAAGUUCUGAGACGAAAUCGUCGCAGUUUGUUGAAAACGCCAUUAGAUCUUGUUGAGGAGUCCAGUGAAGAUUCUAAGGACUCUCAGAUUGUUUCUACAACUGAAGAACAUUGCGACAUGGACAAUAUUAGGGACAAUCCACCUGUGCAAAGAAGAUCUACCAGAGUGGUGAAAAAACCUGAUAGACUCAACUUGUAAAAAAAAAAAAAAAAAAAAAA